UGCAUUUUCAGUUUGUCGUAAACUGAGGGCAGACAGAAUCAGGGUUGACAGCUGGUUAAAGGGUUUUAAAGGGAUAAUUCUAGUAGUCGUGUUCAUGAUUUUGCAGCACAGAGAUGUCUAAUUUUGAUGAAACAAUAUCCGAAUCUCCAAGAAAAAGACAAAGACAGGUAGAUGAUUCACGUCAAGAUCAUGAAGAUGAUUUACCAUUUAAUCAGCAAAUACCAUCUAGAACAAGUGACUGGAGAGAAAUUCAUUUAUCACGACUGAAUAUAGAAAUUGACUGCUCCACUUUAUCAGCCAUUGGAGUUCUGACGUAUGGAUACACAGAAUUUCUUAAAAACGAUCCUGUCCACCCUGUUUCAGAGGUUGUUGAAAAACUAUAUGCAUCCAGAAAUCCACAGAUACGAGCAAACUAUGAAUGUUGCAUGUUUGCAUGUAUGGACUUUCUUACAAUUGACAGUGACACUAUAUUUGAUAUAUCAUCUGAACACAUUAAAAAGCUGAUAAUGGAAGUAGAAAAACCAUUUAGACGCUCAAAAUUUGGUAAAUGGUUGGAAUCAUUUUUAGUAGGAAAAGGUGACAUUAUGAAAGACUACGUAAUGGACACAUGUAGAAGCAUUCACAUAAGAGUAAAGGAUUUUUGUGACCAGUUAUUAUAUAUGGUAGAGUGUGGUGAAAUUGAGACAAGAGAUGAAAUGUAUAGGGAACUUUUUAUGUUGUUUCUAAGAAUUUUUGACAUAAAAAUGAGGCAAUGUGCAAACUACAAAAAAACAACUUCAGUUGUAGCUAUUGGUGAAAAGACCAUUAUUUCAAUUCCAGAUGCUCUUAUUUGCAAAACUACCAAGACAUCCCCUUCAAGUGAAAAAGUACUGGCUGUAAUUGAGGUAAAAAAAUAUGGCAAGACUUAUGACAGAAAAUUAAGUGAAAAUUUACACAAUACUGAGAAAGGAAAAGCACAUGAUCCAAUUGGCUCAAAUUUGAAGGGAAAGCAUGUGGGGGAUAUGGUAGCAGCAUUACCUGAGUCAGUUUUUGGUCUAAAUGGUAUAUAUGGAAUAAUUGUUCAAGGAACUGAGGUAACCCUUUCUUCAAUGGCUGUAGGAGAGAACUGGUUUGAACACGUAACAAGUGGAUCCUUGCACAGUACACCAGUUAUUGUAAAACACAGUAGUCCGUACAACAUCCUCAGACAAAGGGACAGGGAAAAUCUCAUUCAGACAUUUGUUGACAUGAAAUCACUGCUUGAUCAUUUAGUGUAACCCACAUAAGAUUUCAGGGGCAGAGUUUGAAGAGUUUAAUUUAAUAUAGGUUAAAAGAACAAUGUAAGUCCUGCGAUGGAGUUCAUACAUCUUGUGUGUUAUCUGUAAUGCUGUCUCUAGAACACAAUUUGACUGUCAUGUUUAAAUAAACAAUAAUUUUGUUUG